AUGGUGAUCAAUGCAUUGGCACCAAACGGCGGCACCGGCGAAUUCAGCUACUCCAAAAAUUCUUACUUUCAGAAAGAAAGUUUAGGCGUUGAAGAGAGUAAGAUCGAAGAAGAAAUUGAGAAGAAGCUGGAUGUGAAAGCACUAGCUUCAGCUUCGAACAUGACUAUUCGCAUAGCGGAUUUUGGGUGUGCGACUGGUCCAAACACCUUGGUGAAUGCACACAAGGUGCUUGAAGCAAUGAAAGAGAAGUACAAAAGGCAAUGUCCAAACACGGAAGCAAAACCAGAAUAUCACGUCUUCUUCAAUGAUCUACCAUCGAACGAUUUCAACACCUUUUUCACCUCUUUGCCUGAAGAUAGAAGCUGCUUUGCAUGUGGGGUUCCUGGUUCUUUCUACAAUCGUUUGUUUCCCCAUUCGUGUAUUCAUUUUGCAUGCAGCAGUUUAGCCCUCCAUUUUCUUUCAAAGUCACCAGAAGUGUUGCAGGAAAAGAAGAGUCCUGCAUGGAACAAAGGUAGAAUUCACCACACAGGUGCUUCCAAGGAAGUGGUUGAUGCAUAUGCAAAUCAAUUUGCCGAGGAUGUUGGAAAAUUCUUGGAUGCUAGGGCUAUGGAGUUGGUCCCUGGUGGCAUGUUGGUCAUAGUCAUGCCUGGUGUUCCCCAUGGCAUGCCUUAUUCUGAUGUCAUAAAUGGCAUGCUCUUUGAUUGCAUGGGAUCUAUCCUCAUCGACCUCUCAAAGGAGGGGGUGUUUGAUGAAUCUAAAAUUGAUUCCUUCAACUUUCCUUACUAUGCCUCAAGUCCAGAGGAGAUGAGAAAGGUGGUAGAGAGAAAUGGAAGAUUCAACAUUGAAAGAAUGGAGUUAACAAAUCCAGUACCGUGGUUAAAGAACAUAGAAAAAGUAAUACCUGAUUGGAUAAUUCAUGUGAGGGUUGUAAUGGAAGCAAUUUUCAGCAGACACUUUGGAAAUGAAGUCACCCAUCAAAUGUUCCAACGUUUAACCAAACACUUGUUAGACAAAGUUGGAAUAUUGGAAACAAAAUACAGAGACAAAAUUCAACUUCUUGCUGUAUUACAGAAAAAGGAAUAA